AUGAAUGAGGAGCGGUUGGGUGAUGCCAGUGGAGCAGACAAUGCUGAGACCUAUAGUGACAAAGAUACAGACCAAAGGAGUUCCCCAGACAUGACUAAAGCUAAAAGUUGCUUCACCCCUGAAAGCCCUGAAAUUGUUUCCGUGGAUGAGGUUGGUUAUGCAGUUCAGAAGAAUGGUGGUAGCACAGAGAGUCGUCCAGACAGCCCCAAGUACCAUGCAGAGCAGAACCACCUCCUGAUAGAAGGUCCCUCUGGGACAGUUUCAUUACCUUUCAGCUUGAAAGCCAACAGACCUCCACUUGAAGUGUUGAAAAAGAUCUUCCCUAACCAAAAGCCGACUGUGCUGGAGCUGAUCCUGAAGGGAUGUGGUGGUGACCUGGUGAGUGCUGUUGAGGUUCUCCUGUCCAGUAGGUCUUCGGUGGCCAGUGGAGAGCGAACUUCUGCAGAAUCAGAUGGUCUUGUUUUGCCUUCCAAUGGGCAUAUUUUUGAACACACACUGAGUUCAUACCCUAUUUCCUCUUCCAAGUGGUCUGUGGGCUCGGCCUUUAGGGUUCCCGACACACUGAGGUUCUCUGCUGAUUCCAGCAAUGUUGUGCCAAAUCCUCUGGCUGUACCUUUGCAGCACCCUUUCCCUCAGCCACCACGCUACCCACUGAUGCUGAGGAACACUUUGGCAAGAAACCAGUCUAGUCCUUUCCUGCCUAACGAUGUUACCCUGUGGAACACCAUGACGCUGCAGCAGCAGUACCAACUGCGGUCCCAGUACGUCAGUCCUUUCUCUAGCAACUCGGCCAGCGUUUUCCGAAGCUCUCCUGUCCUUCCUUCUCGCUCAUCAGAAGAUCCUCGGAUCUCAAUCCCUGAUGACGGAUGUCCUAUUGUGUCUAAGCAACCUAUCUACACAGAAGAUGAGUAUGACGAAAGGUCUGAUUCUUCAGACUCGAGAAUACUCAACACAUCUUCUUAG